AUGAACUUCCUCCAGGCGGGACCUGGACCUGGGCCUCAUGCCCAGCAGCCACUUCAUCUUGGAACUGACGAUCAUUUCACCCAGCAGCAGGCUUCUGGAGCCCCUUAUCCUCCCUUUCCACAAUCAGACGCGGCGAUUGAUCCGAACCUGGAAUCUCAUGGACCGCAGAACACAACAAAUAGCGUACCGCACCAGUAUCACGCCGGAGCUGGCAGUCUCUCAUCUGCAAGGCCAUCAACACCGUCUCAGAUCUUUGCUUCUCCUCGCUUUAGUGGUGGAUCACCCAACCAGCAAAGGCAGUCAACUCCAUUCUUCACACCAACCGAUCGCUCGCUCCCUCCUCGUGAUGUAUCUGAUGAUACACUUGAUGCCGCAUAUGCGGCGUUUAUCCUUUAUUGUAAUGCUAGUUUUCCUCUAUCAAUUGACACUUCGGAGUUAAUUAAGGCCUUUCGAAAUCCACCGAAGAGCGAUGGCAAGAACUAUAGCACUUGGACGCUCUUCAAUUUGAUUCAAGAGUUUGAUCGAAAGGAGAUCAAGACAUGGGCGGAGCUCGCCCAGAGACUAGGAGUGCUACCACCAGACUUGGAGAAGGGUCAGAGCACGCAGAAAGUUCAGCAAUACUCGGUCAGACUAAAGCGAUGGAUGCGAGCACUACACAUCGAUGCUUUCUUCGAGUAUCUCAUGAACAAGCCGCAUGCGUACUACGAGGAAGUACCGCCACUACACGCGCCCUUUCCGGAGGACGGUCGAGAUGGCGUCCCUUUGGAAGAAGAUCUUGCUGUUAGGGCGCUUGAUCCCAAAUACCGACCCAAGCGCGGCCGCCGCAAAGCGGACGAGGAGGACGGCGCCGCCGAAGCGACAUCAACCCCUUCGAAACGGCCUCAUUUGGACACGCCCACAGCGGUCCUGAACCAAAGCCAUCCAAUGUCCGCCUACCCUAGCAGUGCAUACCCUUCAAGCGCGCAUCCAGACCAUGGAAUGCGUGACCCCUGGGCCGCAGUGGAUACUGUGGCAGGAGCAAAUAGCAACUCAGACAGCCGUAGGGCUCUUGUGUCGCAAUCUGCGCAUCCCUCAUCAGUUGGGCAGCAACUCCAUUGGCGGCUUAACAACAGCUUCACUCCAUCCACGCCACAACCAUUCUCGGCCAUUAUUCCAGGUCCAAGGCAAACAGCUCACACCGCGUUCGAUGAACCCCGCUCCGCCAUCAGUCCAUCAUCUUCGAGGGCGAAGCGCCGUCGUCAUGGUCCCGCAGUAUCAUCUGCCUGGUCCGGCGGCAGUAACACAUCUGGCGGCAAGCCUCGCGGACGCCCACCAAGCAACCGCUCUAUGCAAGACGGGCCAUUUGGUACUUUUCCGGCGAACCCUGCGAGCAGGGAAGGGUCGAUGCAAGCUAUACCUAGAAGCACGCCUGAUCCCCCACCCAAUAGAGAGAGGGCGCAGUCGGAAUCUGGCAUGGAAAAACCGACUCAACUAUUUCGCUUGCCGCCAAACAGCUUUCCAGCAUCGGCAAUAGCGACAGUGCCACCGCAGUCCUUCCCUAUACCGCCGAGCAGACGCGGGCGCCUCUCCCUUCAGGUCCCUCAGCACGUCGGUGGACCGGUGCACCUAGUCACGCCGACCCUGCUCGUAAACGGUGAGUCCGAUCCGGCUGGCCCGCUCGCGCUUGCACCUUCGGUUUUUGGCUCCAGCUCGCGAAGGAGCUCUUCGCACGUUCCCGAGGAUUCCGAUGCGGGUGGCAGUGACACGUUUCCGAUUCCGCAAGCUAGACAAACACAAAGCGGGCGGCACUCGCAAAGCGAAGUCCGCCGCCCCGACCGCGAGGACGUCAAACGAGCCCUCACAGCCGAUCUUCUCCGCGCCCGCAUAACGGGGCGGAAGCGCCUGCGCGGCGCCGAAGCCAAGGCGCUCGCAGACGCGCUGCUACGGCGCAUGAAGCCCGAAGGCGGAUCCUCGUCGCAAGAUGAGAUGAGCAAAGACUUUUUUCCGUCGGUAUCUGCCAACUGGCUUGGCCUUAGUUUGACGGGAAAUGGAUGCAGUGCUCCGAACGGCGGCAGUGCCAAGGAGAUAGUUGUGCAGCGCUUCCGCGUCGGCAAGGAUGGGUACGAUAGUCCUAUCUACGACGACGAGGAAGAGAGCGAGACGCCUGCCGUGGUCAAGGAGACAUUUGACAUCUCGUGGAGUGCGACGCUUGGGGGUGUGAUGGGCAAAUUCCAGAUCCAGGGACUUAUCAUCUCGAAAGAGGACGGCGAGACGAGUGGGGACAUACAGGCAGAAGGCGAGGUCGUCAAUGGCAACAAUGGAGCAAGUGACGAGAGUGUGGAUUGGAAAAAGAAGUUCAUGUCCCUUCAGGACAUGUUGAGGGAGAAAGAUCAGGAAGUGCAAUCUCUACGAGAUCGGGUUCUGGAUGCCGUCCUCUAA